GGGUCACCUGGCCAGAGGACCGUCCUUGGGGUUGGGUUGGUCGGCGAGCAGGAAAGCGCAGGCUUAAGGAUGCUGUGAUGAGCGCAGAGGAGGCUGCCCCGCUGACACCCCCGAGGGGCUGGAGGGGUUUGCUGCAGCGACUCCCCGCAACUCCGGCGAUGCCCGGCCGCCCCCCGAAGUGACGCGAGGAUCGCAGCGAGAAGGUCCCCACCGGGCUGGAUCGGCUCUCUCUCGCGCGCAGCCGGCUGCAGAUCCUUUUUUUUGGGGCAGACUUCAAGCGGGAUUUAAAAAGCUUCUCAAAGUCUUCUCUCUCUUGGGCUCUUCUGGUGCUUCUUGUCGCUCCCCUCCUGCCCCCGCCUCCCCACCCCCGGCUUGGCUGGCCCGAAGCGCAGGAGAUGGAAGUUUUUUCCCUCGCUUUGCUGGUGGCCGCGUGUUGGACUCGAACCUGGGAAGCGGCGCGGGCGGAUUCGAUCAUUCAUAUCGGAGCAAUAUUUGAUGAAACUGCAAAAAAGGAUGAAGAGGUAUUUCGUAUGGCAGUUGCUGACCUCAAUCAGAAUGAUGAAAUUUUGCAGACAGAGAAAAUCACAAUUUCGGUGACGUUUGUGGAUGGCAACAACCCAUUCCAGGCAGUUCAAGAAGCCUGUGACCUUAUGAAUCAUGGCAUCCUGGCACUUGUCAGCUCCAUUGGCUGUACAUCGGCUGGAUCCCUCCAGUCCCUGGCAGAUGCUAUGCACAUCCCUCACCUGUUCAUCCAGAGGUCAACGGCUGGAACUCCAAGGAGUGGUUGUGGAACCACCAGAAGCAACAGGAAUGAUGACUACACCCUGUUUGUUCGCCCGCCUGUCUACAUCAAUGAUGUCAUCUUGAGGGUGGUCACAGAAUACGCCUGGCAGAAAUUCAUUAUUUUCUAUGACAGCGAAUAUGAUAUCCGUGGAAUACAAGAGUUUUUGGACAAAGUAUCUCAGCAGGGAAUGGAUGUAGCACUGCAGAAGGUAGAGAACAACAUCAAUAAAAUGAUCACAGGUCUCUUUGCCACCAUGCGGAUAGAGGAACUGAACCGCUACAGGGAUACUUUGAGGCGGGCCAUUCUGGUAAUGAACCCAUCAACAGCCAAGUCUUUCAUUGCUGAGGUCGUGGAAGCCAAUUUGGUUGCUUUUGACUGUCACUGGAUCAUUAUAAAUGAGGAAAUAAAUGAUGCGGACGUGCAAGAGCUGGUGCGAAAGUCAAUUGGAAGGUUAACCAUUAUUCGGCAGUCGUUUCCAGUGCCACAGAACAUAAGUCAGCGUUGUUUCCGUGGGAACCACCAAAUAUCUUCAUCACUGUGUGAUCCUAAGGACCCUUUCUCCCAAAACAUGGAGAUUACCAACCUCUACAUUUAUGACACGGUGCUGCUGCUGGCAAAUGCUUUCCAUAAGAAGCUGGAGGACCGGAAGUGGCACAGCAUGGCAAGCUUGACUUGCAUUAGGAAGAACUCCAAACCAUGGCAAGGAGGAAGAUCCAUGUUGGAUACAAUCAAAAAGGGUGGAGUGAAUGGUUUGACAGGUGAACUGGAAUUUGCAGAAAAUGGUGGGAAUCCCAACGUUCUGUUUGAAAUCCUGGGGACCAACUAUGGGGAAGAACUGAGCAGAGGCAUCCGCAAACUUGGCUGCUGGAAUCCUGUCACUGGUCUAAAUGGCUCCUUAACAGACAGAAGGCUGGAGAAUAACAUGCGUGGAGUGGUCCUUCGUGUCGUUACAGUGCUGGAAGAGCCAUUUGUGAUGGUUUCAGAAAAUGUUUUGGGGAAACCAAAGAAAUACCAAGGCUUUUCGAUUGACGUCUUAGAAUCUUUAUCUACGUACCUUGGCUUCACAUAUGAAAUUUAUAUAGCACCAGAUCACAAAUAUGGACGUCCCCAGGACAAUGGGAGCUGGAAUGGAUUGAUAGGAGAAUUAGUGUUUAAGAGAGCCGAUAUAGGCAUUUCUGCAUUAACCAUCACUCCAGACCGAGAAAAUGUAGUUGAUUUUACCACCCGUUAUAUGGAUUACUCUGUGGGUGUGCUGUUCCGGAAGGCUGAAAAGACAAUGGAUAUGUUUGCUUGCUUAGCACCAUUUGACCUCUCCCUCUGGGCGUGUAUAGCAGGAACCGUGCUUUUGGUCGGACUAUUGGUGUACCUCCUGAACUGGCUUAAUCCACCACGUCUGCAAAUGGGAUCAAUGACGUCAACAACUCUCUACAACUCCAUGUGGUUUGUGUAUGGAUCCUUCGUGCAGCAAGGAGGAGAGGUUCCCUAUACGACUCUGGCAACUCGAAUGAUGAUGGGUGCUUGGUGGCUCUUCGCCUUGAUUGUCAUCUCCUCCUACACAGCAAACCUUGCAGCGUUCCUCACCAUCACUCGCAUUGAAAACUCCAUCCAGUCUCUCCAGGACCUCUCCCGGCAGACAGAUAUUCCAUAUGGCACCGUUUUGGACUCUGCAGUCUAUGAGCAUGUGCGGGUAAAAGGGAUGAACCCUUUUGAGAAGAACAAUAUGUAUUCCAAACUGUGGCAGAUGAUUAACCGAAGCAAUGGCUCUGAGAAUAAUGUGCAGGAAUCCCAAGCAGGCAUUCAAAAGGUAAAAUAUGGAAACUAUGCCUUUGUAUGGGACGCUGCUGUUUUGGAAUAUGUUGCUCUCAAUGACCCGGACUGCUCUUUCUACACGAUUGGAAACACCAUUGCAGAUCGAGGAUAUGGAAUCGCUCUUCAACAUGGCAGUCCUUAUAGAGAUGUCUUCUCCCAAAGGAUUCUAGAACUUCAGCAAAAUGGGCACAUGGAUCUACUGAAACAUAAGUGGUGGCCAAAGAACGGCCAGUGUGACCUGUACUCUUCUGUGGACCCCAAAUACAGAGGAGGAGCUUUGGACAUUAAGAGCUUUGCGGGUGUAUUUUGCAUACUGGCAGCUGGGAUUGUUCUCUCCUGUUUAAUUGCAAUGUUGGAAACGUGGUGGAAUAAAAGAAAAGGCUCUCGGGUUCCUUCAAAAGAGGAUGACAAAGAAAUCGAUCUGGAGCAUCUCCAUAGACGCGUGAACAGUCUCUGCACAGAUGAUGAGAGCCCCCAUAAACAGUUUUCCACCUCAUCCAUUGACUUGACUCCUCUGGACAUUGAUACUUUACCGACACGCCAAGCACUGGAGCAAAUAAGUGAUUUCAGGAACACUCAUAUUACUACCACAACCUUCAUUCCAGAACAGAUCCAGACUCUUAGUCGUACACUUUCAGCUAAAGCCGCCUCUGGAUUCUCUUUUGGCAGUGUUCCUGAGCACCGAACUGGCCCUUUCAGGCACAGGGCACCAAACGGGGGCUUCUUCAGAAGUCCCAUCAAAACAAUGUCCUCAAUUCCAUAUCAACCAACUCCAACGUUAGGGCUCAACAUCGGUAACGACCCAGACCGAGGCACCUCCAUAUAAAGUUUUGAGCGGCGUUUUGUCACUGUUUCUUUUUAGGACUCCCUUUGCAAGGAGCAGCUGUGAUAUUGUGGGACUAACAUGGAUGUAACUUUUUAAAAAAGAAAAUCAGGAGUAUUAGUAACAACUCACUAUCCUUCCUCUCCCCCUCCUCUUUCUCACUUUCUCUCUGGUACUACUUGAGGCUGCGAUUUUCAACCUAGCUCCUCUUGAGUAGUCUCACUGACUGAACUGCUGUGACUCCGGAGUAAGAGUUCGCUAGAAUGUAGCAUGGCCCCAACAUUGAAACAAACUCGUUAUGGUCAGGGGAAGUGAUAUGAAACAAGUGAUAUAGGAAAUGCAAUCUGAGCCACAAUUAAAGAAAAACUUAUCCAGUCAUUCAAUCAAUAUUCUGUUAAUACACUUUUCAUAUACUUGAAGUAUAGGAAUCGGACAUUGGCAGUGCAGACAACAAAGGGGGGCUGAAAGGGCUUAGGAGGCAGUGUGACUCUGGUCCGUGUAUAAAAGCCUCUUGCACCAAUGUAAGGGCAUUUAUGCCAGCAUUGGGGCACUUAUGCCGGUGGUGGGAAGCAGCGCAGCCAUGGCAACAGUAUUCUUCCAUUGUAAGAUCUGGCACCAGUGCUGAAGGGGGCAUCCCCAUGGACCCAGCUGGCAUUAAUAGGUUUCCCGAGCCCUUUCAGCCUGGGAACACCCCCGCUUUUCGGUGCAAACUUACGCCAGCGAAAAUGGUGGUGCAGCCCACUGUGCCGCACAGGGUGCUUUCCUGGAGACAGGGGAUUCGUCAAUGUUGGGUUGCUGGGCACAGCACAGAAAGCUUAUUAGAAAGUGGGGGGCCCCACAGUGGCUGUGUCAUCCUCGGCAGUGGCUCAUCCACCCCACCCUGGAUUGCGCCGCAAGUCUGCAUCAAAGAUAAGAGGUUAUUUCUCCUUUUAAGUAUGAUAUAAUUGCAAUAACUUCAGUCUUUGUUCUGCUGCAUUCAUUCAGUGCUCCAGUGCUGUCGUGCGUCCUUUUUUUAACUGUGGACCAAAGGCAAACCGUGCAGUUUUUACAGAAAACAAAAGGAAAGAAAGGAGGAAGAGAAGGGAGAGACCAUUCAGGCCACCUAAUAUGAGAAUGCAAUUUUUGUAGGAUUUCAAGAAGCCAUUGCUAUGCCAGUAAAGACUACAGUUAGAUCUAUUUCUGCACUGCAACAGUGCAUACAAUCUUUAUGUGAUUGUACAGUGUUUAAAAGGGUUUUUUUUCUUAUGUACAGUAAACUGUAUCAUAUGGCAGAAGCCUCUGUUCUGUUAAAUAAAUUAGUAACUCAUACAUGUAUAUAUAUACAUAUACACACUUUGGUAUAUGUAUAUGCAUACUCAUGUAUAUAUCUAUAAAAUUGCAGCCGAUGCUACUGCAAUUUGUCUAAUAAAGCUUUAGUAAAAAAUGUGUUGUAUACUGGAAAGAUGUAUGGGGCAGGGGAACUUUUCUCACAGAAAAGGCAGGGUGCUUUAAUGUUAUUUUAAUUUGCAUUGUUUGAUGGAGCAUAUUCUGUGCUUUUUAAAAUUAGGACAUCCAGGGCAAUGUAAUGUUGGUACCCAGGUGUAACUCAUUGGUUUAAGUUUUUGCAUUGGCUUUUCAGCUGUGUAUAAAGAUUAACAUUGACCAUUUUAUUUUCUAAUUGCUUUGGCAAAAAUGGGUGAUACUUUUAGGUACAAAACACAUCCAGGGACAGCUGAUUUUAGCUUCCGAGGGCUUGAAAAACAGGUCAUGGAAGGUUGAUCAAUCUUUUUUACAAAAUCAAUACCAUCAAUUAUUGCAAGCGUGGUGUGAAUUGGGGAGGGGGAGCUGUUGCAAAAUAUUGGUGUGGCCUUAAUUGCAAUCCUAUCUUACUCCAUGAAUGGGGCUGGGGCAGGGGGGGGGGGAGAAAAAAAGAAUGGGCUAUUAAGUCUUUAUUACGUUUUCAAUUAUAGAUGUAUUUUUGACGUGAGUGCCAAUUGUACAGAACUAUAAACAGUCUACUGAUGACAACGAAAACAGUGCCUCCUUUGGCACUCUGGAAUUUUUGAAGCUAACUAUCUUACCUGUUUAGAACAUAAAACGAGCUUUCAGUUGUAAUCCUUAAAAACUAAAAAUGCGAUUUAAGUAGAAAGCAAGCCAACUUAUCUUGUGUUUUUUUUUUAAUACUUAUUUUAACCUAACUCAAUUCUGUGGCUAUGACUUGACCGUAGGAACCAAUUAGGUGAUCUGCUUUAGGAGAACGUCUCAAGGUAUACUCUUCAGAUCUAUUCUGUUUUGAUGCUUAAUUCUGUUCCGGGAGAGCAUUGUACUGUCAUUGUUUUUUGUAUAAAAUCUUCAUAAUAUUGUCUACUGUGUAAGGCAGAACAAUUUUCAUAUCAUGAAAAAAAAAAAGCCACUUUGUUUCCAGGGUACAAGUGUUUAAAAGCAUGCACAACUUGUUUCCCCUUGUAACAUUAAUGAGCUCCUACACAACCGAUUUUAAAAAAUAAAAAAGACAGACAGAAAUUUCUUUACAGCAAGCUAUAGGGAUAUACCAGAUGUUGCGGUGACUUUAGUGAUAAACCAAUUAUUUCAAUGUGUUGCCUAUUAUACUGAUAUACGAAACACAUUUCCGAGGCCUCAGUUACAAGUGGCAGAGCUUUCUGUGUAUAAUUUGUCUAAAUAAUUUGUCUAAUAAAAUUGUUUUCUAAACUUG